AUGAAAAAUCAAUAAGUUCAAAGUCCUCAAAUUUUCAAUACCCACUAUUUAAGAACAGAUUAUAAGUUAAAUUCGCAACCUUUGGUUCUCAAUUUAAAUCAGUCUAGAUAAAGUUCCAAGGCACUCUCUGUGGAUAGGGGUACAUGAUUCAUAAAAAAUAGUCUCACAGUCAAACUAAAGUAAGCAAAUGAGAAUGUGGAGCAACUUAUAGAUCUAUGGCAAAGGCAUAAAUCGAUUACCCAAAGCACUCCAACCCAAGUGUCGUAAUCAUUUCAUUAUCAUUCUACUACACAGAAAAAUGAAAGCUUCGUUAUAGGUACAUCUACAUAUAACCCUAAAUCUUAGAGGAAAUACCAGAAACCAGAGAAGUGAGUCCAUUGAAACCAGAAGAAAUAGUGAUAAAACCCAGAUAGUUAUUUGAUAUCAAUUAAUCAACAUCCAAAUUGCCUUCCACGAACCUUUAAAAUUCAUCUCACAAGAAGACAAGUUCACUCUAUGUUGGAGCUCUAUCAAGUAGAAAUAUAUAUUAAAUCGACUUAGAAAGUGAUGCCUUUUCAGGAACUAAAAAGUCAGCUAAAGAAAAUCUCAAAUUGUCAAAUAAUGGGUUAUCUAGCAGUAAAAAGUCAUAAUUCAAUUCAUCUUCUAAGAAAUUGCCAAAGGAAUUGUCAACUCUAGUUUUAUAAUUACAAUCAAUUUAGAAAUCUUUACUGUCCCAUUACCAAAAGUAAGAUAAAGUUAAGAAAGCAGACAUAGAGGAAUAAUUUAAUAUUCUAAUCAACCAAAUCAAGGCCGAUUUCAUUAAAUGA